AUGCUUGUUAGUCUAUCUUCUCCCGUUCUCCUUGGUAACUAUUCACCCUUGCCAACGACUACUCACGACGAUACUGAAUUCCAGGUUCUAUACGAGCUUCUCGAGAGAGUCGAGAGACUUCAACGUCAUCAACCAGGGGGCUAUCACCCCAUACAAAUCGGUGAUCAUUUUCAUGGUCGCUAUAGAGUGAUCCACAAGAUGGGUCAUGGCUCCUAUUCGACUAUAUGGCUGCUUCAGGAUGAGCAGAAGAAAAAGCUCGUGGCACUGAAAAUCUUUACGGCGCACUCGAAUAACAAAGUGGACCUCAUAUCGGCUCUCACACGUCCUCGCUUUCUUGUGACCAACAACUCAGGCAAGGCAAUGAUCUCUUCCAUCCUAGACACUUUCACUGUCCACGACCCAAACGGGACUCAUGCUUGCCAUAUUACCACUCCAGCACGAGCCAGUCUAUCGGAUUUGAAGGAUGACCUGCAUCUGGGUAACAUCCUCCUCAAACAACUAUAUGAGAAAUAUGGAGCCCCCGAGCCCGAGCCUGUUAUCCAUUUGGAUGGAAAGCCGCUUCCUCCUGGGGGUCCAUCUCACGGGAUUGUGCCUCUAUGGCUUGGCGCAGCAAGUGAGAAGAUCACACUUCCCGAAGCCAAGAUUCUACUUACCGACUUUGGGGAGUCCUUCUCAUACUCAGACCCGAAAGAACUCAAGUAUCAAUCUCGCACACCGCUUGUCAUUCGUCCCCCGGAGUGUCGAUUUGAACCACAUAAGCCGCUAUCGUAUGCGUCGGAUAUCUGGACUCUCGUCUGCACGAUAUGGUCUAUCAUAGCUCAACGACCGCUGUUCGAAGGGUUCCUUGCCACGGAGGAUGACAUGACCCGUGAGCAUGUCGAUACCCUUGGCAUCUUGCCGUUGGAAUGGUGGAGGGGGUGGGAGGCGCGACGGGAAAAGUUCACUGAAGAUGGCAGGCCCAUCAACCGCAAUCCAUUCCGGUCUUGGAGCGAUCGGUUUGAAGACCGCGUGCAGCAGCCCAGACGACAGGAAGGGAUGCCCGUUCUUGGCGACGAUGAACGGGCUACUAUUUUCGACAUGCUACGGCCGAUGCUCGCAUUCAGGCCCGAGGAACGAUGUACGACUAAGCAGAUCCUCGAGUCAGAAUGGAUGGUGAAAUGGGCCUUGCCUGCAUAUGAAAAGAUUCCGAAGGGUGAUCAUUAG